AUGGCUCUCGCACGGACGGACACCAAUUGGUCCGUCGAUUACGACGUCCUCAGACGGGAGCGGCUAUUCAGACAUCCACCCAAGGACCGCACCGCAUAUCCGUCUCUCGCCGAUGCAAUCAAGCCGCACGUCGAUUCUUUCAAUGCGCUGUUCGACGGCAGCAAGGUCUUGGAUGCUGCCUUGAAGGAUAUCGGUACCAAGACCUUCAUCGAUGGCGAGCCAGAGACCCCCGAACAGAAGAAAGCCCGGCAGGCAGAGGGACGACGACCUCCCAAGCGCAACCGCUUGAACGUCCGGAUCCGCGAAGUUUUCCUCGACCGCCCCGCCAUUCCCCCGUCAAACAAGUUCACCACUCGCAACCGUAAUAUCUAUCCGUCCGAGUGCAGAGAGCGCCAUGCGACUUACCGUGGAAAGCUGCGCGCUCGGCUCGAGUACCAGGUCAACAACGGCGACUGGGUGGAAAGCGUUCGCGAGCUGGGACAGGUGCCUAUCAUGCUUCGGACCAACCGGUGCCAUCUCGAAAAGGCCACCCCCGAAGAGCUCGUCCAGCACAAGGAAGAAUCGGAGGAAUUGGGUGGUUAUUUCAUUGUCAACGGAAACGAAAAGCUCAUCCGAAUGCUGGUUGUGGGAAAGAGAAACUUUCCCAUGGCCAUCAUCCGUGGUUCCUUUGUCAAGCGUGGCCAUACCUACACGAAAUACGGUAUUCAGAUCCGAUCCGUGCGACCCGACCAGACCUCGCAGACGAACGUUCUUCAUUACCUCAGCGACGGAAAUGUUACCUUCCGGUUUUCUUGGAGAAAGAACGAGUAUCUCAUUCCGGUUAUGAUGAUCCUCAAGGCUCUGGUGGAGACCAACGACCGUGAAAUUUUCGAGGGUCUAGUUGGCAACGCUUCUUCCGAGGGAAUUAACAACACUUUCGUGACCGACCGCGUUGAACUUCUGCUGCGCACAUACAAAGGAUACAACGUGCACACCCGCUCCAGUUGCCGGGCGUACCUGGGAGAAAAGUUCAAGCCCGUUCUUGGUGUCCCGUCCGACAUGUCCAAUGAAGACGCCGGUACCGAGUUCCUGCGCAAGGUUGUGUUGCCUCACCUGGGCAACCAGAACGUGACGGAGACUCAGGAUUACGACAAGUUCAAGAUGAUCAUGUUUAUGAUCCGCAAGCUGUACGCUCUUGUCGCUGGCGACUGUGCCCCCGAUAACCCGGAUGCUGUGUCCAACCAAGAAAUCCUGCUCGGAGGAUUCCUCUAUGGAAUGAUCCUUAAAGAGCGAUUGGAGGAGUGGGUUCGGUCUUUCGGACCGAUUCUCAGAGACUGGAGCAACCGCAACAACGGUGCCAAGUUCACGGACCCGGCAUUCGAGAGGGAUUUCCUGAGCAAGAUUGUGAAGCGCAGCAAUGAGAACCUGGGUAGUGCGCUGGAAUACUUCCUGUCCACCGGAAACCUCGUCAGUCCCACAGGUCUGGAUCUGCAACAGGCAUCCGGUUACACCGUUAUGGCGGAGAAGAUCAACUUCUACCGGUUCAUCAGUCAUUUCCGAAUGAUCCACAGAGGUAGCUUCUUCGCGCAGCUGAAGACGACCACUGUGCGUAAGCUGCUACCCGAGAGUUGGGGUUUCCUUUGCCCCGUCCACACUCCUGAUGGAGCGCCCUGUGGUCUGCUGAACCAUCUUGCGCACAAAUGCUUGAUCUCGACUAGCGACAUCGAUGUGUCCCACCUCCCCAAACUGCUGGUCCAGCUUGGCGUGCGCUCCGAGUCCUCCGUUUCCCUCGACGAGAGUGUCCCUGUCCAGAUCGACGGCAGAAUUGUCGGCUAUUGCUCGCCGAAACAGGCUCGCGUUGUCGCGGACACACUGAGAUACUGGAAGGUGAUGGAGAUGCACAACGUGCCCAAGGAGCUCGAGAUUGGAUACGUUCCCAACUCCAACGGCGGUCAGUACCCCGGCAUCUACAUCUUCUCUCAGGCCGCUCGUAUGUUCCGGCCUGUGAAGUACCUGCUCCUCGACAAGCUCGACUACGUCGGCCCGUUCGAACAGCCCUUCCUGGAGAUCGCCUGCCUACCGGAAGAUCUUAUUCCGGGCGUCUCAACACACAUUGAGUUCACCCCUACCAACAUCCUUUCCAUUGUUGCCAACAUGACGCCUUUCUCCGACUAUAACCAGUCUCCGCGUAACAUGUACCAAUGCCAGAUGAGCAAACAAACGAUGGGAACGCCGGGCACGGCCAUCGACUACCGCACAGACAACAAGCUCUACCGACUGCAGACGGGUCAGACGCCGAUUGUGCGGCCACCUCUGUACAACGCCUACGGACUGGACAACUUCCCCAACGGCACCAAUGCCGUGGUGGCGAUUAUCUCCUACACGGGUUACGACAUGGACGACGCUAUGAUUAUUAACAAGUCCUCGCACGAGCGUGGAUUCGGACACGGUACGAUUUACAAGACGAAGAUUCACUCCCUGGACGACAAGGAUUCCCGGAGGGGCCGCUCUCGCCGUGAGAUCACAAAGCUCUUCGGUUUCGCCCCGGGCGGCGAGAUCAAGGCCGAAUGGCGUAACUCCCUGGACGAAGACGGUCUUCCGCACAUUGGCGCCCGCGUGCGCGAGGGCAGUCUCGUCGCCGCCUGGCACACCGUGCGCUACGACGCCGCCACUGACUCCUACGUCAACGUCGACGGCAUCACCCACUUCAUCAAGUACAAGGACGCCGAGGAGGGCUACAUCGACAGCAUCCGCGUCAUGGGCGCCGAAACCGGUGUCGAGCCCUGCCAGUCGAUCAGCGUCAAGUACCGUGUGCCCCGUAAGCCCGUCAUCGGUGACAAGUUCUCGUCGCGUCACGGUCAGAAGGGUAUGACGAUUGCGCAGAUGAUCGAAUCCAUGGCCGGCAAAGCCGGCGCGCUGCACGGGCACCCGCAAGACUCGACGCCCUUCCAGUUCUCGGAAGAAAACACCGCGACCGACUACUUCGGCGAGCAGCUCCGCAAAGCCGGAUACAACUACUACGGCAACGAGCCGCUAUACAGCGGGAUCACGGGCAAGGAGUUCGCAGCGGACAUCUUCAUCGGCGUCGUGCACUACCAGCGUCUGCGUCACAUGGUCAACGACAAGUUCCAGGUGCGCACGACGGGUCCCGUCAACUCGCUGACCGGCCAGCCCGUCAAGGGCCGUGCCAAGGGCGGUGGUAUCCGUGUCGGAGAGAUGGAGCGCGACUCGCUCAUCGCCCACGGCGCCGCCUUCAUCCUCCAGGACCGUCUGAUGAACUGCUCCGACACCCAGCGCGCCUGGAUCUGCCGCGACUGCGGCUCCUUCCUCUCCACCCAAGUCGCUGUCUCCUCCGUCGGCUCGAGCAAGGCCCGCAAUGCGGCCGCUGUGGCUGCUAAGGCGUCUGCGCCGGCCCAGACGCAGGCGGGCGGCUCGUCGGGUAUUGUGCGCUGUCGUCGCUGUGCCCGUGAGGCUGUCUUCGACGACUCCCGGGCUGUCAUCUGGGAGGACGGCGAUGGCCGCCGGUAUGUGGGCGGUGAUAAUGUCACUGUUGUCGCUGUCCCCGGUGUGCUGCGGUAUCUGGAUGUGGAGCUGGCGGCGAUGGGUAUCAGGAUGAAAUUCCGGGUGGGUAAUGCGUAG